UGUAGUGUAUAUAUAAGUGCUGGUAGAAGUGCACUACGUUGUGCCUACGCAUCUCUCUCUCACUGCACACUCACCUCCCAAGAAUCCUUCUUUCACAUCCUCCUCCAGUUUCCGCUGACAAGAUAUUAAUCAUGCAGCAACCGGGCGGUCACCACCGGAGGAUGGUCGCGUCGACCAAGGUCAUCAAGGUCGGGCCAUGGGGAGGCCGCGGCGGGAGCCCGUGGGACGACGGCCCGCACCGGGGCGUCCGGAGCAUCACCGUCACGUACGGCCGCUCCCUGGAGUCGGUAAGGGUGGAGUACGCCGACGGCAACGGCCGCCCAGUCCACGGCGAGAAGCACGGCGGCGGGACGGACCGCAGCCACUCCGUGAAGAUCGACGUGGACUUCCCGUACGAGUUCUUGACGGGCGUCAGCGGGUGCUACGGCGCGGCGCACAGGGGGGCGCCGCUGGUGGUGCGGUCGGUGACGUUCACGACGAGCCGGGGCACGGUGCACGGGCCGUUCGGGGACGCGGACGCGGACGGGGUGCCCUUCUCGUACCCGAUGGAAGGGGGCGUGGUGGUCGGGUUCACGGGCCGGAGCGGCUGGCACCUCGAUGCGCUGGGCCUCUACGUCGCGGCGCUGCGGCCCGAGACGCUCCGCGACGUGGUCCAGGAGCGCGGCCUCAUGGCGUACCGCUCCUUCGUCUACGGGGAUGCCGGGCCGGCGCGCCAUCAUCAGAGCGGCAGGAGGCCGUUCGAGUGGUGCUACAAAUAAUUACUACAUGUGUUCGUUCCUUAGUUUAGCCGAAGAGGGAGCAUGUCGCUUUCGUUACAGUGUUUGAUGACACGCUAUUAAAAAGGACAGUUGUCCUGUUUGCUUGGCUAGUACUAUUCACAGAUUUGUUAUAAAAUAAAAA